GGCGAGACUCAGUGUUGGGUGCUUCGCGCCGGUUGCUAACAAGCCUUGGCAGCCUCUCGAGGGAUUCGUCACCCUUACCUGCCUCGAGAGACGAGCCUCUACCGAAUCUCCCAGUGCCAGAUCUGGAGAUCACAAUGCAGAAGUAUCUCGCCCAGGUUGAGGCUAUAACACCGAGACAUUUGGAUAAAUCCAGACACUUGGCGAGAGCUUUUCAGUCUGGGCCUGGCCCCAAGCUUCAGCAGCGUCUACUUGAACGAAGACAGGAGAAGAUCAAUUGGGCACUCGACUGGUGGCUCUCAGAUAUGUAUCUGACGAUUCCACUGGCACUACCCAUCAACAUUAAUCCAGGACUCGCAGCCAAACCUAAAAAAUUCAAUUCUCAGACUGAAGCAGCUAUCUAUUUGGCAAGAUUUCUCAUGGCUUUGUUGGAUUAUCAAGAGAAAUUAGAUAGGGGUGAUCUAGAAGUGGAACAUGUGAAAUCCCGUGAUGGAAAGACAAUGCAACCAAUGUGCAUGGCCCAACACUACCAAAUUCUCCGGACUUACCGAAGACCGGGUGAAGUUUGUGACGAACAGGUACACCUAGACAGAGAGACUUCCGGUGAUCACAUAAUCGUGGCUCAUCAGAAUCAGUUUUACAGUGUACCUGUACGUGCAUCAGACCGUGGUCGAAUAACGGAGGCGGAGUUAAUGCAGCAGUUGAUGAAAAUAAUAGAAACUCCAGCUGACCCACGUACACCACCCGUGGGCAUAUUGACAGCAACAAAGCGUCCUAUCUGGUCUAGAGCACGAACGGAAUUGUUGAAAAAUGAACGCAAUCGUCACAAUCUUGAGCUUCUGGAGCGUUGCCUCUGUAUUGUCUGCAUAGACGACGAUGUUCUCCCCGUUACAUUCAACGAGCCGUAUAAAAAAAAUGAUCGGUGGCUGAAUGAUCGUGACUAUGCCAAUGCACUUCAUCAUUGCCUUCACGGUGGUGGUUCGCGUCAUCUCGGUGCUAAUCGCUGGUUCGACAAGACUUUCCAAAUCAUAAUUGGCAAGGAUGGAUUCUGGGGCAUAUCCUACCAGCACUCAGUAGGAGAGGCUCCCUCAAUAUUCAACGCUUUCGAGACUCUCACCGAGAAGAUCGACGAAAUGCCUCACUCAGAAGACAACCCAGUACCAUCUCACCUCCCAGGGCCCGAGAAACUCGAGUGGCAACUCACCGAGCAGAGUCUCAGCGAUAUACGCGAAGCUACCACAGCAUUCGAUACUCUCGUUGAAGACCUAGAUCUGUGCAUCCUGUGGUUCGAGGACUACUCCAAGGACUUGAUCAAAAACUACGGUAUCAGUCCAGAUGCCUACAUACAGCUCGCACUCCAAUUGACCUACUUCAGAUUGCACGGACGUUUAGUUGCGACAUACGAGAGCGCAAGUAUUCGCAGAUUUGCCCUAGGUCGUGUUGAUGUAAUUCGCGCGGCAAGCCCUGAGUGUCUGGAGUGGGUGAGAGCCAUGUGCCAGGGUGAUCCCAAUACCUACAACGAUGGCCAAGACGAAGGCUCCAAAAGAGAGCAACGCAUCAAGGAAUUGUUCGAUCGAGCUGUUCAGCGUCAGACCAAAGAAAUAGCUGAUACAAUUCAUGGAUAUGGAAUUGAUAAUCACUUAAUGGGACUGAGAUUCGCGGCUCUAGAGACGGGAGAACCACUUCCCGAAAUUUUUACUGAUGACGCCUUUAAGAUUGUUCAUCAUUUUGCAUUGUCCACUUCUCAGGUGACAACGAGAAAUGACGCAAUAGUCGGCUAUGGUCCGGUUGUGCCUGAUGGCUACGGUUGCGCUUAUAAUCUCCGUAAAAAUAGUUUUCUCUUUUCGGUGUCUGCAUUUCACAGCGAUGGAAGAACCAGUGCAAAGAAAUUCGUACAGGCACUUGAAUUGAGCAUGAGAGAAAUGGCUACAAUGCUAAAGAAUGCAAAUAAAUCAUUAGUUUAAAUGUCAAUGGGAAUGAAGAUUACGUAGAGAGCUUAGAUACCUUCAAUAGGUGCUAAUUUGACACAAACGAUGUCAUUCAUAUGAUUUCAUUCAUCGUAAUUGCACAAUUCUAUUGACUUAAAUUAAUUCUUCUACUACUGCUCCGUUGCUUGAAAAACAAAAUUUAAUUAAUUUCACUGAGAGAUUGCGUUAGUCUUUAAAUUCAUCUGCACAGAGAAUCAAAUAAUUUCUAAUAGACCUGGAAGAAAAUAUGGGUUUUGAUUCAAUGAGUGGAGUAUUGUUAACACUACCAUUGCAUAAAAACGCCAUUUUGCAUUGAAAUCAGCUAAUAUGUUGCCGCCCGCAUCACUGCACUCUUGCCCAGGCAGCUAUUAGAGAAUUAAAUUAAUAGUACUCGUCUAUUUAGCCUGGGCAAUAUUCUAGUUGUAACUGCUUCAGUUUUUUCGUUUUUACGUUAAUUGGCCUAUCAUUAUCGAGAUAAUAUUGGUGAAGAAUUAUUUACAAACGAUGGAUUCUCCUGACUUACUGAGAAAUCCCACGUGAUUAUAAUCGUUAAUUUUCAAAGUAAUAUAUCGCGAAUAGAAUGGAAUCGUUACAUAUCUGUUGGAACAAAAUACGCAUGAAUAAACUAUUUUAAAAAGUUGGGAAGUGACGUUGAGCAUCACUAGUCUGAAAUAUUUUACGAAAGAAAUUGUAACGGAAUUAUUUAUAAUAUGUUUACUUUGUUAUUACAACGAGUUGUUGAUGGUUAAUUUAUCCAAUGGAUUUAGUUAAAUAGGAACACGAAAAAAAUAAUUAAAAUGUCUAUCACUGUUGAAUUGUCAUAAAUGUGUUAUUAACGUUAACAUAAACGUACACAAAGAAAGUAUCGUUUCAAACAAACGAUAUUGUGUUCUAAAACGUUUAGACUUGGAUAUGAAAGUAUUUACCGGCCCUAGAUCGAAAAAGAAACUCACUCAAAUGUAUUGAGAAGAUUCUUUGAUUGCUUUGCAGCCAGGAAUAUCAUACACAUAUCAAGGCUUAUCAAGCCUGACAUUAUAAUGUAGUUGAUUUAUAAAUCAAGUUGAACUAUUAAAAAUACUCCUUGAAACCUUGUAAAUCAUGGAAAAUAAAGAAGUCGAUGUUAUUGUCUUAA